AUCACUGCACCGGUUUACUGUUUACAAUGCCUAUAAAAUUAAUCGGUCGCACAACGACUUUCAAGGGGAAACCCUUGUGGGAGAUUCUGGCAAACUUGAAGAACUUUGGCGUUGGCAGACUUGUGAUAAGGAAUCGCUUUCAGAGGUAUCCCGAGCCAUGUUACAUGAAGAUACUGAAGGUCGCUGGGAUGCCCUUGCCCGAUCAACCCUAUAACGAACGCAAAGUGAUGGUGCUAGUCGAGAGAGUCUUCCGUGGCAACAAAAACUCCAAGCCAGUGCAACUAGAUAGCUCAACUUACAAGGCAGAUUACAUGCUGGUUCCUAAGGAUCAGGAGCAUAUAUUUCUUAAUAAUACAAAGGUAGUGGAGAAGAGAAUCCUACCCAGAACAACAGACCUUCCACCGUUAUUCUCGCACUUGAUAAUAAACCAAAUGAAGGUGAAAGGCAUUGAGGUAUCCACAGUGCCAAAAUUAAAUCUUCGGUAUAAUCUCACAGCAGCAGAAGUUAAGAAUUACAAAAUAGCUGAGGAAGGUGAAACUCCAACAGUGAAACUGAACUUUAAAGUGGACGAGUCUAGUUCACUUUUCCCAAAGCCAGAAGAGACAGCAGCCUUGUGAGGUUUUACAUUUAAUGUUGAUAUACAUAUAGUUGUUAAGAAUAAAUAUUUUAUAAAUUAUUUCUGAAGAGAAAAGCAAUA